CCUUCAGCCAUCGUGACCGCGUAGGGUUUAUCCCUUCCCUUUCCUAGCGCCAUUGCACAGAUACGUCACCAGUUCGAACGGACCGCAAUACACAUAUACAAUCCGGAACGCAUACACCACCACGUAUCUAUUUCUAUUUCUACGGCGCCCCAUCUCUGUCUGACACGUGGAAUUAGGUUCGAUUCCAAAGCUCGCGUCUUCCCCUUUACGCACAUUAAUUGCCUGUGGUUGCUGGUUUCAAACGCGAUGGAUGAAAAUGCACGCAAUAGUACGAAGCUAGAUAUCGAAGGCGUUAGGCAGCAAUCUGCGAACGAAGCAUUGCGUGCUGACAGUGAACGAAAGGAAAGCUACAGGAAACUAGGCGAACCAGACGUUAACAGGAACGGGUUUGACGGUGUGACGACUACCCGUACGGAUAACAGCCUUCGGAUGCCACGUGAGAACGGAACCGGUGCCAAGGACGGCGAGGAGGAACGUAUGCUAAACGGCGGUGGACUCGACCCGACCAACCGCGGUGAUGGCGAGCCGACCGAGAAGGACAAACUUGCCCAGAAGGAGGUGGAGGUGAAGUUUAUCCCGUCACAGAAUGGGGACGCUCGUAUUGACAUGGAGCUGGAGAGUCAGCAAGCACUCACCGGGAUGACCAAGGAGGAGCUGAUGAAAUACGCGAACGAUCCGUUCUGGGUGCGACUGCGCUGGUUGCUGUUCGUACUGUUCUGGGCCCUGUGGGGUGCCAUGUUGCUGGGUUCGUUCUACAUUAUCUAUGAUGCGCCCAAGUGUGCUGCGCCCGUGCCACUGUCCUGGUGGCAGGAGGGUCCAUUGGUAGAACUGGACGGUGAACAGUACGCGGAACAGCUGCCCGAGGUUGAGCGAUACGGUGCAAAGGGCGUGAUUUAUCAUCUGCCGGCAGACGAAACGUAUCUCAUCCAUACGGCCGCCGUACAGGGCAAAGUGAAGCAACUGGUCAGCACAUUCGGCACCAAAAACAUUAAGGUUGUUGUGGACAUUACACCGAACUUUGUCACGAAGAAUGAUGCAUUGUUCCAGGAGGCUCUGCAGCAGCCGGAUAGUGCGGCACAUUCGGCAUUCGUUUGGCGCGAGGCUGGUCUGAAGCCACCGAACUGGCUGUCCAUUGCCGAGGAAGGUAGCGCAUGGAAGAAUGCGUCCAACAACCAGUACGUGCUGUCGCAGUUCGGUCCGGAUCGGUUCGAUUUGCAGUUCAGUGAGCCGGCCGCCCGUGACAAGCUGAAGGAAACGCUCCGUGCGCUGCUCGAGCUCGGUGUACGCGGUGUCCGUUUGGCUAACGCGAAACAUCUGCUGAUCAACCGUGACGGUGGUGAAGAAUCCCCCAUGAAUCUGGAAGAGGCGAAUAAAUCACUAACCCACACCGAUUACGGUUUCUGGGCGCACAAGGAAACGACCUACCGCGAAGGAUUGGGCGAGCUGUUCCACGAGCUAACGGAACUCGUGCACAAGCAAACCGGCGGUGAAGGUUUCCUGUCCGUGACGGAGGAUAUCCUGCGACCGGAAGUGUUUUCCGUGAACGGUACGCUGCCGAUCGAUGCACCACUCUACGGGAAUAUUGAGUUCGAUAUGCGCGAAGGAAGUGGACCGGAUGUGGCUAAAAAAUUGCGCCACGACAUUGAGAACGCUUACCGGACGAUCAAUGGUUAUCGAGCGCUCGGGGAAUCGGAAAAGCCGUGGUUACAGCUACGGUACGAUCCUGCCUCGCUUCAGCACGUGCCAGCAUCCGAGUACACCGUGUUCCACUUCCUGCUGCCCGGUGUACCCGUCUUUCCGCUGGACGUACUAACCAAGGGCAACGUAUCCCACGAGAGUGUGGCAACGUUGGAAAAGUUCCGUGCGACACCUUCGUUCCAACACGGUCUGUUCAACGUGUACAACGAUGUGAACGCCUCCGCGAUUGCAUACACACGGCUAAAGUCAGGCAAUCCUGGAUACUUUGUCGCGCUGAAUCUCGUCCAGACCGAACAGAAGACGGUCGAUUUCAGCGGUAUCGAUGGCAUCGGUAGCGAGCUGACGGUGGUAUUGACCAGUCAGAACUAUGCCGUACCGGACGUCGGCGUGAAGACUAAGGUACCGGUUGAUGCAGUACCAUUGUCACCACGAUCCGCUCUGAUCGCCACCUACGUACCGACGAAGUAGGCACAGUAAAAUGAACAAGAUGCCGUCUGCCAAUCUCGUAUGCUCGUGUGAAUUCGUAGAUGAUAUUGUACGCUAAAGUUGUGUUUCUCGCAUCCUAAUCUAUCGCUUAAUCUAUCUGCUCCCGACAAUGCCAUGAUAGGUCUUUUAUUCCGUGCUUACCACGCUCAGUGGUAAUAGGCAAUCGGAUGGUUCAGUACGCAUGGCAUUAAGCAGAAGCUUCAAUAAAAUAUCUACAUUUAUUGUAAACUGCAUAAUAUA